GCGGCGGGGGCGGCGGCGGCGGAGCGGGGCCGUGAGCGCGGAGCGGGGCGGUGGGGCCAUGGCGGGGCCGGCCUGACCCGACCCGCCGCGAUGUUACCGAGCCAGGCCGGCGCCGGGAACGGCGCUGCCGCCGCGCUGGCCCGCGACUCGGGGCUGGGGCGGCCGCCGGUACCGCGUGGGGCGAACGGCGGCGGCGGCGGCGGCGGCGGGGCGGCGGCGGGGCCGCCCGGGGGCCGCUUGGAACGGGAGGCGUUGUACAGCGGCAGCGAGGGCGACUCGGAGUCGGCCGAGGAGGAGGAGCUGGGCGGCGAGCGGCGCGGCGUGAAGCGUGGCCUGGCCGAGGCGGCGGGGGCGGCGGGGCCGGCGGCGGGAGCGGCGGCCGGCGCUUACGGCGGAGGCGGCGGCGGCGGCGGCGGGGACGGCGGGGCGGUGAGCGGCGCCAAGCCCGGGAAGAAGACGCGGGGCCGGGUGAAGAUCAAGAUGGAGUUCAUCGACAACAAGCUGCGGCGCUACACCACCUUCAGCAAGAGGAAGACCGGCAUCAUGAAGAAGGCCUACGAGCUCUCCACGCUGACCGGCACCCAAGUUCUGCUGCUGGUGGCCAGCGAGACGGGCCACGUGUACACGUUCGCCACGCGGAAGCUGCAGCCCAUGAUCACCAGCGAGACGGGGAAGGCGCUGAUCCAAACGUGCCUCAACUCCCCCGACUCGCCCCCGCGCUCGGACCCCACCACUGACCAGCGCAUGAGCGCCACGGGCUUCGAGGAAACCGAUCUCACCUACCAGGUCUCCGAGUCGGACAGCAGCGGGGAAACCAAGGAUGCACUGAAACCAGCGUUCACCAUCACCAACCUGCCGGGGACAACGUCCACCAUCCAGACAGCCCCCACCACCUCGACCUCCAUGCAGGUCAGCAGCGGCCCGUCAUUCCCCAUCACUAAUUACCUGGCGCCAGUGUCUGCCAGCAUCAGCCCCAAUGCCGUCACCAGUGCCAACGGGACAGUGCUGAAGACUACUGGAGCCAGUGCAGUGACAUCGGGGGGCCUCAUGCCGAUACCCACCGGCUUCACCCUCAUGUCAGGUGGUACCAUGGCUCAGCAGGUCCCAGUCCAGGCGAUCCAGGUGCACCAGGCACCGCAGCAAACGUCUCCCUCUAGUGACAGCAGCACUGACCUUACCCAGACCUCUUCCAGUGGAACAGUGACCCUCCCGGCAACCAUCAUGACGUCGUCCGUGCCAACCACGGUGGGUGGCCACAUGAUGUACCCCAGCCCACACGCGGUGAUGUACGCGCCCACAUCUGGCCUCGCGGACGGUGGACUUGCGGUCCUCAACGCUUUCUCACAGGCACCCUCAGCGAUGCAGGUGUCCCAUGGCCAGGUCCAGGAUCAGGGUGGUGUCCCCCAAGUGUUCCUGACAGCCCCAUCAGGCACCGUUCAGAUCCCAGUCUCAGCUGUCCAGCUUCACCAGAUGGCUGUCAUCGGGCAGCAGAGCAGCAGUGGCAGCAGCCUCACGGAGCUGCAGGUGGUCAACUUGGACACCUCGCACAGCGCCAAGAGUGACUGAGAGGCCUCUGCUGCCAGCCUUGUGCUGUCCCUGGCUUGCGGGCAGGGCUGGUGGCAAUCCCUUCUCGUACAGACUGCACCAGUUAUUUAUUGUUGCCUUUUCACGUUUCCUUCAUCCACACACACACACACACAUGCACCCAUCCACACAAACACACACACACACACACACGAGGCAUGCGCGUGGGGCUGCAGGACUCACCUGGGGCGGAGCUGUGCUGGGGCCACGCAGGGCUUGGGGACGUUCGGACGCUGCGAUAGCUGUGCUUGUCUCACGCCAGCCAAAGAAACUUGUCUCUCGAGGGGAGGAUUGCUCUGCGCUGUAAAUAAAUACCGUGGGCCGUUCCCAGCUGGAGGCUCUGGGCGCUCCGAGUCAACCUUGCCCAUGAGUGUUUGCUCUGCGUGGGGCUCAGCUCGGACCGGGAGCGGGCCGAGGCUGUGCUGCUUGGCCUCAGCAAUGUGCCUUUGUGGUGGCGACGGGUCCCUGGCUGCAGCGACUCGCCCCAGGCUUCUGGAGAGGGGAAAGCGGCCGGGUCUCCGGUUGGGCCUGCGUGCCCUCCUUUUGGGGGGCAGAGCCUGGGGCACGUGGCCCCCCCCUUUCUCCCCCUGCGCGCGGCGGCGAGCCCUCGGUGCCUCCUCGCCGGGCUGCCCCCGGCAGAUUUGCAGCCCUGACUCGGCUCUGCCGUGGCAGCUGAGGUGGUCGCUGGAUGCCCUGGAAAGCUCCUCGACACGGGGCUCUGCGGCCAGCCCAGCCCCACGCUCUCCGCCCUUCGCGCCGCUUGCCAGCUCCAUACACCCAGGGGAACGUGGCUGGGUCUUUCCCACAUCCCCCCCCCCCCCCCUUCCUUGCAGCUCCAGCCGGUGCUUUUUAGAUUUGGCAGACACAAGGUGGAGAGAAACAACUCAAGUGUCAAAAGGAAAAGCCCGUGGGGCGCUGGGCAGGUGGCAGGGUCUUCCUUUUCCUCUGAACCCCCCUGCCCCGGGUGACCUGCAGGCCACCCUGGGCUGUGGAGGAGCAGGUCGGAAGCCUGCGCGGGCUCGGCAAGGCUGGGGGAGAAGGGCUGGAGCAUGCUUGGUCCUGCAUGGGAGUUGCUGUGAAUGGCUCUACUACCUAGCCCUGUCCCUGGAGAGGGAGAGAGAGCAAGUGAGAGAAGCUGCUGAAUCCUUGGGGGAAGAAGCGGCUACUGUAACUUUUUUUUUUUUUUUUUUUUUUUUUUU